UUGAAGAUAAUGAAAAGUAUAAAUGGAUCAUGUAACAUCGAAAGUUUACAACAUAAUUAUUAUAUAUUUUGUUUAUUUAGAUGGGGAGAAUCUUUGCUCACCCACUCACUUUCUCCGUCAGUUUGAGAUUUGACUUCCGUUCCCCUCAUCUUCAUCUCCCAUACUCCCAGGUAUCAUCACUCUUUCAAUCAUCUUGCAAAGCUUGGUUUAACCAUGGAUUCUUAUGGAACUGGCACGGUUAAGGAAUUAGACCAAACUAGUGAGGAAGAGUAUGCAACGCAGUCCAAGUUAAUCAAAGAGUUUAUAACUAUUCCCACCAUUGACAAAGCUUGGAUCUUCAACUCUGGUUCUGGUUCUCAGGCAAUGGUUGCCAUGAGUCAAGCAAACCUUUUGGCUAAUAAGAGGAGGAAGUUUAUGUUAUCUGGACAUAUCUCAAAAGAAGAAAGUAGUGACCAGUCUGUAAACUUUCACUGGGCGCCAUUUCCUGUAGAGAUGACAGGCGCAUCUGCUUUUGUCCCCUCUCCAUCGGGUCUGAAGCUCCUUGUGGUUCGGAAUCCUGAUGAUAACGAAUCUCCUACAAAGUUUGAGAUAUGGAGUUCGUCUCAGCUAGACAAGGAGUUUCAUAUUCCACAGAAAGUGCAUGGCUCUGUAUACGUUGAUGGAUGGUUUGAAGGAAUCUCUUGGAACUCAGAUGAGACUCGUGUUGCUUAUGUUGCUGAGGAACCAUCUCUUCCCAAACCUACGUUUGACCAUCUAGGUUAUUACAAGAAAGACAAUUGUUUGGAUAAGGAUAUUGGAAGCUGGAAAGGUCAAGGGGAUUGGGAAGAGGAAUGGGGAGAAGCAUAUGCCGGAAAAAAGCAGCCUGCCCUGUUUGUUAUCGAUGUUGACAGCAGUGGAGAGGUUGAGCAUAUCAAAGGAGUUCCAAGAUCGAUAAGUGUUGGACAGGUUGUUUGGAGUCCAAGCUGUAAAGGCUCAGCUAAGUAUCUAGUUUUUGCCGGAUGGUUAGGAGAUAAAAGAAAGUUUGGUAUUAAGUACUGCUCCAACAGACCAUGUGCUGUUUAUGCGAUUAGACUCACAGAUGACCCGAAAGAUAACGCUAACGAAGCAUUCCCUAUUCAUAAUUUUACUAAAAGCAUAAGCAGUGGUUUUUCCCCACGGUUCAGCAAAGAUGGUAAGUUUCUUCUGUUUCUAUCGGCAAAGACAGCUGUUGAUUCUGGGGCGCAUGGGGCAACCGAGUCACUUCACAAGAUUAACUGGCCAAGUGAUGAGAAACUUCCUGAGUCAACAGAUAUUGUUAAUGUGAUUCAAGUUGUGAAUUGUCCUGAUGAUGGUUGUUUCCCUGGCCUCUAUGCUACCGGCCUUCUGGGUGAUCCCUGGUUGUCAGAUGGACAUACUCUUAUAUUAUCUUCCUACUGGCGCAGUUGUAGAGUGAUACUCAGCCUGAAUUUGCUAAGUGGCGAACUGUCGCGUGUCAGCCCUAAUGAUUCAGAUUAUUCAUGGAACGUUCUUGCGCUAGAUGGUGAUAAUAUUGUUGCUGUGUCUAGCAGUCCAGUGAGUGUUCCUGAAAUUAAGUAUGGAAAGAAAGUUCUUGAUUCAGCUGGGAAGCCUUCAUGGCAGUGGUCAAAAAUCCAAAAGCCAAUAUUGACAUGCUCUGAGAAGGUCACGGCAAGGCUUUCAUCUCUUCAGUUUAAAAUUCUGAAAAUUCCAAUCAGUAAUGUUUCUGAAUGUCUUACGGAAGGGGCCAAAAAACCAAUUGAAGCUAUAUAUGUAUCGUCUUCAAAGUCCAAGGAGAAUGGGAAAUGUGAUCCUUUAGUUGUUGUUGUCCAUGGAGGGCCUCACUCGAUUGCACCAUGCAGCUUCUCCAAGUCUUUGGCCUAUCUCUCCUCAAUCGGCUACAGUCUGCUGAUUGUAAAUUACAGGGGUUCGUUGGGAUUUGGGGAAGAUGCGUUGCAGUCUCUACCUGGAAAAGUUGGAUCACAGGACGUGAACGAUGUGCUCUCGGCUGUAGACCAUGCCGUUGAAAUGGGACUUGCAGACCCGUCUAGAAUGACCUUGCUAGGUGGUUCUCAUGGUGGGUUUCUGACUACACACUUGAUUGGCCAGGCGCCAGAUAAAUUUGUGGCAGCAGCUGCAAGGAAUCCUGUGUGCAACCUUGCAUCAAUGGUUGGGAUUACGGAUAUACCUGAUUGGUGUUUCUUUGAAGCCUAUGGUGACCGGACUCACUAUACAGAAGCCCCAUCACCCGAAGAUAUGUCUCGUCUUCAUCAAAUGUCUCCUAUAUCACACAUCUCAAAGGUGAAAACACCCACUUUGUUUCUCUUGGGAACUAUGGAUCUCCGUGUUCCCAUUUCAAACGGAUUUCAAUAUGUGAGAGCCUUAAAGGAGAAAGGAGUUGAGGUUAAAGUGUUAGUCUUUCCCAAUGACAAUCAUCCCUUAGACAGACCGCAGACGGAUUAUGAAAGCUUUCUCAACAUUGCUGUUUGGUUCAACAAGUACUGCAAGCUGUGAACACCUCAUUUCUUUUUAUUGUCUGAAUACUGAGUUUAUUAACUGAAGUGGAAAUAAAAGAAUCAAACGCUCA